AUGGUCAUGGCAACUUCCCCAUCCACCACUACUACCGCUCCAGCGCUGCCAGCGACGACACCUUCCAGGUGGCAAAUCCCCAAGGACGAAACUGGCGUCAUUGCACUGCGAGAGAACAUGAGCACGGCCGAUGGUCGUGGCAUUCGAAUUGCCGUUCUCGAUACUGGCUGUGAUCUUGCAGCCAGAGGAAUGCAAAAGACUUCGACUGGCCAACCCAAGUAUCUGGAUUUUCUAGACUGUACCGGUGAUGGCGAUAUCGAUACACGCACCAAAAAGACUGUUGAUGUCAAAGAGGAGGACGAUGGCACCGUGAAGGUCACUGUGGCGGGUGCCUCGGGCAAGAAACUCACAUUGCCACGGAUCGUCUUGGGCGAAGACAAGACACCCGUAGAAGUCCGCGUGGGAGCUAUCCCCUUGUACCAAAUUUUACCCAAAACGGCAUUAAACCGAGUGCGAGCAGAGAGAAAGAUCAAGUUUAUGGAGAUUCACAACACCCGAGUUGCCAAAGCACAGAAAGACCUGGACCAAUUGAGGCUACAGCUGCAGCAGCAAAAGGGUGCAGCCAACAAAGAUGCUUCGGACAAAGACAAGGACGAAGGAAAGGAUCAGGAUACUCCUGACAAAGAGGAGGAAACAGCUCCAGAGAAAGAAGAUUCUGACAAUGUCACUGCAACCAGCUCAGCUUCUAACUUGAAGAAAGAAAUCAAGGAGGCCGAAACGUUGAUGGACGAACUGCAAGACAUGGCCAAAAGUUAUAGCGAUGCUGGACCCGUCAUGGACGUCGUUCUAUAUCAACAGAACCGCGCUGACUCUGGUGGUGACGCUGUUUGGCAUGCCUUGAUUGAUCUGCACGCUGACGGCAACUUGACCAAUGCCACAUCCAUGACACCUUACGCGGUAGAUCAUCAGUUUGGUACCCUCCAGUUUGGCUCCCAGGUCACCUUUUGUGUCCAGGUCUACGAGAAUGGAGACGUGCUGAACAUUGUGGCUGACGGUGGAUCUCAUGGCACCCAUGUUGCAGGGAUUGCCGCUGCCAACUACCCAUCGGAGGAUCCGGUGGAAAAGCUACAAAAGGAUGGAGUGGCUCCCGGGGCUCAGAUAUUGGCGUGCAAGAUUGGAGACAUUCGUGUAUCCACUUCCGAAACAGGGACCGGCCUGAUCCGAGCCUUGAUUGCUGCCAAAAAGUACAAAUGCCAUUUGGUCAACUUGAGCUAUGGCGAACCGUCCUGGCAACCAGAUCGUGGAAGAGUGGCGCAGGUGUUUGACGACGCCGUUCACAAAUGGGGCAUGACGGUGUUCACCAGUGCCGGGAAUGAUGGUCCUGCGCUUUCAACUUUGGGGUCGCCUGGAGCCUUGUCAUCGCCCAUCACCGUGGGUGCCUAUGUUUCGCCGCAAAUGAUGGCAGAUCAGUAUUCGACCCUCAUGGGCUCCUCCAGCAACAGCAGUAGUGCUGACAACGACAAGAAUGAUCCUGCUGAGCUACCCGGAGCCUCUUACUCGUUUUCAUCUCGAGGCCCUACUCCCGAUGGUGUACUGCCCGACAUUUGUGGUCCUGGUGGUGCGUGGGCUCCAGUACCAACGCAUACUUUGCAGGGCAUAGGUCAAAAACACGGAACCAGCAUGUCGUCUCCCAAUGUUUGUGGUGCUGCUGCAGUCUUGCUAUCUGCGUUGAAGGAGAAAGGAAUUGACGUGGACACUUUCUCACCAAGCGAAUUACGGCGCGCCUUGAAAAACACUGCAAUAAAAAGCACUGCAGAGGAAAAAGACAGCGUUUUGGAUCCGUUCGCCCAAGGAGCUGGCCUGGUGUCCGUUACCAAAGCCCUUGACUAUGCAUUGGCACACCAUGGAAAGCCAGGACAGGAUUUGGCAUUCGCUAUCAAAAUCCCAACUAGUGGCAACGCAAGGGGGAUCUUCAUUCGCGAUGCACUGCAAUUGGCCGGGCCAAUGACAAAAACUGUUAGCGUCAGGCCUUUACUUCAGCAUUCCAUUCAAAAAACUGACGAAGAGAUGAGUUACCUCCUUUCUCUUGAGUUGGACCUCGACUUGGUGCCUUCGCAAAGCUGGGUACAAUGUCCUGAUCGUAUGACACUGGUUUCGACGAAAGAACGAGGGGUGGGGCAGACUUUUGCAGUUAGGAUGGAUCCUCGUGGUUUGCCGCCGGGAGCCCAUUACGCCACAGUAGACGCGAUCGACUCAAAGGAUCCAGCACGAGGACCCCUAUUCCAGGUGCCAAUCACUGUCAUUAUCCCACACGCCAUCGUGAGCCCACCGCCUUUUAAGUUUGCUGUGGACGGCAACGUUGACCAGACAACUCAAGUCUUGAGCGCCGAUACCGAUAAGACGGUUGAGAUUUCAACCUGCGACAAUGGCAUAGACAUUGAAAUGAGGUAUGACCUGACCCCUGGUGCUCCAUCGCGGCGCUUCAUAUCUGUGCCAGCUUCUGCUGAAUGGGCAACGAUCAAAAUACGAAGUGUCACACCGAUCGCGAAGCACGAGGCUCCCCAUAACUUGAUUCUUCAUGCAGUACCAUUUGCUCGAGGGGAUCUACACAACAAAUUGAUUCAGAUCAAAAAAUUCUUCCCUCUUAACGAAGGGACGGAAAGAAUCUUUCACGUCCAUGUCAAGGGAGGCUCCACCCUUGAGAUUUGCAUGCAGCUUUCGUGGCUAUCCAAUCCGUCUCCAGCAUCGUUGACAUGCGACGUUGAGUUUCAUUCCUUGGAUUGCCGCCAGCCCACUUUCAUGGCGUCGCAGCAGCUGAGGAUCAGCUCCGCCACAGAGUUUGCACGAUUCGGGGCGGGGGCUCCCUUUCGAUCAGAAAAGAUCAAUCCAAAGGCAAUGCUAAGUGGAGUCUUUAGAACCAUCCGUCCUAAGGAAUACAAGAUCGCUGUCGGAUCUUAUGAUGAUCGCGACAUCAUGCCCCCAAGUGAUGCAGAAAUCAAAGCGGCCGCCACCACUAGCGAAGGAGAAGAGCCACAACAGGUAGAUGGCACGCAAAUCUACAAAAUGACCCUUGAGUACUCGUUUAAACUUGCUGACUCCAAAGAGGAUGCAUCAAUCAUGGUGACGCCGCGGAUCCCAUCGCUUUUUCAUCAAAUCUAUGACUCUCCCAUUGAUUCUCAGCUCUGGGUGCUGGAAGACAAGAACGGGAAGAUUCUUGGUUACGGGAGCUGCAUGCACGAGGCUGCCGCUGUUUCGUUGGCCAGCAAGCCAGGUGGCGAAUACAAGUUGACAUUUCGAACUGGCCACCCAAAGCGCAGUGUGCUGGAACAACUCAAAGACAUUCCACUUCGACUGACUAUGAAGAUGGGCAAGGAGUUGGAUUGCCCUGUGUAUUCUGAGUUUGACAAGGCAUCAACACCGGGUGUGACAGAGGAUGGCAGAGAUCCAGUAAAGCUCACUGCACUCAGACGAGGGGCCCACUGUGAUUUGUACGUCACCCGGCCCACUGCAAAACUCCCCGAUUGGGUUCAACCAGGAGACGUCAUGUAUGGCAAGGUACAAUUGAACCAGAAGAAUGAAGGUGCCACCACAUUCGAUUUGUUUUAUGAGGUCCCGCCAAAGUCGGACGUAAAAGAUGGUAGCAAACAGAAAGACGACAAAAAGACGGACGACAAGAAGGAUGACGAGGACCAGAAGCUUGAAGAGGAUUUCACCGAUUCCAUCUUCAAGGCCAAAGUCAGCCAUUUGUCCAAGCUCCGAGGCAAGAAAAAGUCAGAAGCUUACGAAGCACUAGCAGACGAACUGAAGCAAGAAAAAGCGGACAACCUCCCUCUGCUGGAAGAACUGGUGAGCUAUGCCAAAGAGGUCAAGGUUCCUGAUUCGGAGAAGGAGAACGAGAAAACAUGGCGGGCAUCUGAAGUAAGCAAGGCGGUGGAUGCCAUGCUCAGCUCCAAUGGUGGGCCUAUCGACGAGACGGCGAUUGCUCAAUACUACGGUUGCAACAACCCAGCACCAGAGGAUGACGACGACGAUGAAGAACAAAAGGAGGAAGCAGAAAAGACCAAGAAGGAAAUGGGCGACAAUCGCAAAGCUUGGAGGAGUGCUCUUUUAACCAAGGCGGGUGCCUGGUCCGACGCUUGCGAUGCAACCACGCCUCCUAGUGAGGACGACCAGACAACAUUCGAUACUGCGGUCAAAGACAUGAAAAAGUGGGUUGCAGCUGCCGGGGACUUGAAUGGUGACAAGGAGAAGGUCCGACACGCCGUGGUAAUGGCUCGACAUCAACGAAUUUGUAAGAGCAAGGGUGUAUCGGCACUGGCAUCUCUCCGGAAAGCCCGGAAGGAUUUGCCCGAAGAGUUUUUCAAAGAGCUCACCGAAGAGAUCGAAAAGGUCUUGAAGGGGAUUGACGGUAUGUCGUAUUGGUUGCAGCAAAUGAAAGAAGACAUGGAUGAAAGAUAUCCCAAGGUGAAACAGAUACUCUAG